CUCAUCUGUAUUUCAAACCCAUUGUACCUCGACAACCAUAUGGGAACGGAUCAAUAGCUCACAACUGACUAUAAUAACUGUACUACAGCUCGCCGUAUAGACAGAUUGUACAUGCGCCUGACAUCUUUGGGGCCUUGACUGCCACAAUCUUCAGCCUUCUCAAGCUGGAUCAUCCCAUACUAUCCUCUGCCCUUUAACGCAUCUGGAGCAGCAAUGCUCAUGGGACCCUGGUACGAGCCGGUCUCAUCAUGGGCGAGUCGCACGAAGAAAGAAAACUUGAUCAAAUCAUAGAGUCGAUACAGAGCGGAAAUGUGAGGCAACGGGACGAAGCAGUCACAGAUCUUAAGGCUGCCUUCAAUAGAUUCCCUAGGUCAAAUGUAGACGUCCUCACCGAUAAAUCAUACCACAAAAUCUACGAAGUUCUAUUUAAGACUGCCCUUAACGAGAAGAAAGCGGUUCUGACAGCAAAGAAAGCCACGAAAACUGCUGCCACCAAACGCCUCACCGAUUGCGGCGAUGCCAUUCGAGUGGUAGUCAAAGCUGGAGCUUCUAAGCUCAAGAGCAAGACAGUGGACGCGGUUGCGGAUCAUAUAUUACAGGUUCUACCGACAGGCGAUGGAGGAUACGACGAGCUGUUGGCUGAUAGUUAUUUCAAGGCUCUCAAUGCUCUUUUUGAAAGUCCUGUGAAUGCGGAGCGGCUGAAGUCGGAAGUGUGGCUCGAAAUAGUCGACUUUUGCCUCCGUGGCAUCAACGAUUUUCUCGGAGAUCCAGAGGAUGAACCUUCUGGAUUACCGCACACGUUCUCAGGUCUUGGGACAGGUCAGAGUUCUGGUUCUAUUGCUAGAACUUCCAGUCGAGGACAAAGCAGACCCAACGCCAGGAUCAACCAAAAUCUCUCCGAUCUCUUUCAGACUAUACUUCAGCUUGUUUCUGCACCCAACGCUCCGCUGUUCGAGAGGUAUGAGAUGAUCGCAGAUAGCACCAUGCUGUUGUUGACAUCGCAUGGCUCAAGUGUUGGCCAAGUGCAUCAAACUGCAUUCUCUAUACUAAAUACUAUCCUUCGCUUCACACGCAUGGAUCGGACCUUGUUCUCGAGGGCUGUUGCUUACAAAACAAUUCCUGUUGUGUCCCGCAUUUGGCAAGGCAAAAGUCUUGCCAAGGAUGAGAUGCUCAAUAAUGUUCGAGACGAAAUGUUUAUCUUCAUGUUCUCCAUAUUCCUUCACUUGGAGCGAGAGGUAAGAGAUGGAAAGAACGAAGAAAUCUUGUCGAACCUGGAAGAACUUUUAGAUGCCCUGAGAACAGAUUACUCCGCACGCUCAGAACGAGACCAGCUUCAACUGGAUGAUUUGGAGUUGCUAGGACAAGACAAGACCCUCUACCCAUCUCCAUUCCAUCUCGACUUUUUCCAAUUGAGACCGUACAACUCGAAGGCCGAACGCAAUUGGGCGCUUUUGCUGAUCAUCGGGAUACUUGAGCGACUUGUAAGUUUAGGCCAGGAUUUAAAGAGGACUGCUAUGAAUGAUGAUUUGAAUACUGAUGAUGUGCAUCCUAUCAAACGGCAGCGCACUACUCAGGUUCUAGAUCGACUACUGAGCCCUCUGCGAGCAAUUAACGAGAAAUCUAGGACUGCUGGAUUGCAGAUCAUUCCUUUUGUUCUCCAAGAGUGUCAGCUCUCCGCCUCAGAGCUUGCAGGCUUGAUAGGUCAACUUCAUCAGUGUGCAGGAGACAAGAGAGGGAACGUUGGAUCUUGGGCCUUGAUCGCCAUGUCUAGUUGUAAUUACCAAAAUGCUGCCAAGGAGCUAGAUCCCUGUGAAUGGAUGCAACUCUGGCACAUCGGAGUGCGCUCGUUGACCUUUUCAACUACAUGCCGUGCUGCUUCACUUCAACUCCAUACACUACUUGCGAAGGAGCGGGUGAAGUAUCACGAUAUUGGUGAGGAUGUGAACUCAAUCAUUACGGCCGCUGAUACAAAUGGUCCGGCCGUACUUUGCGAAUCCAGCAUCCUCUUCGUAAUUCAUCUCCUCCACGCUAAAGUUACAGAGACACCAGGAUCAAGUUUAGCCAUCUCACAGCAUGUUAUCAGAUGGCUUUUUGCUCGUUGGGACCCGGUUGACAGAGCAUUUGCAAUGCGCUUUGCAAUGCAUGCCCAGCCAAUCCAUAUUGCGAAUCUUGUUCGAACAUGCUUAGGGUUGCCUCUUCUAGCUCUCGACAAGAUUUCAACCAUGCCAUCUGGGCCCGUUGCGCAAGCUUGGCAGCAACAUUUACACACACAGGAGGUUAUCAGUUAUCUUCUCCUGCUGGAUGAUCCCCCUCCGACAACUGUGCCCUUGUGCUCUUCGUGCCCACCAGAAUCCAAAGGUGAUCAUGUCGCUUUCACCUCCAACACAACUCACUUUAUCUCCAUGAGAAAGCUUUUGCUGGAACUCCUGCAACCGAAGUGUAACGAGAUACUGCAGAGUUGGAGUGAAUAUCAUGGAUCUACGCCUGUCAUGGCUGACAUCAUUCGCAGUGUAAUUUAUGGGAGUAUCGGUAUGCUGAUGCUGAUCGGCAACCUGGCAAACACACCUUUGCCUCAAAUACAGUCUCUUGAGUCGGACAUCUUAGCAUUGACCGAAGAUGUUGUUAAAUGCUUUCGAGAAGCCCAGAAUCGUGACCGGAGAGCUGCUGUGUCACUCACAGAAACAUUGCUCCAAUGCGUAUGGCCUUACCUGCCGACUUGUAGGCUUGGAAACUUCUCUAAGCUGUCAGAGUCAAAUCCACUCCUCUUGCAAUUUUUUGUAACGAUUGCUGAUGAGAUUGAGUCGACCUCAAAUCAAAACGAGCAACCGUCUUCCGGGACUAUGGACGAUCUGAUGGACAUCGACGAUCAUUUUACAAGUACUCCAACCAAAUCUGGCAGCGAUAGUCAGCACACUUUGGUGCCUCGAGAUCAACUCUCAUUCAAUAUGUGGCCAGGCUCGUUUUACCGUACUAUCAUAGGACAUCUGAAGCUCAUAUCUGCUCGUACCGCGGCUCCUGAUCUUCAAGGACACGUGCCAUCUGUAUUUGUGGACUACCUGGUUGCUUUGGAACCCGACGAAUUCCUCGCAGGCACCCAAAUGCUCAAAGAUGUCCUAUCCUCGGAGCUGGUACUUGAUCUGGAAGAUGCAAGCAAGAUCAUAGCUGCUCUAGGUGAUGUAGUCUCUUUGGAUCUAUAUGCGCGCGCCGAGGUGUCGUGGGUAAUGUGUUUAGACGCCCUGGUAUCAAUAGGGCCCCUCUGGUCGUCCCCUGACGGCAGCUUGGUCGCCGACUUGGCUGACCAGAUGUAUCUACAUAUCAUCACGAAGGUACUAGACAAAGGCAUAGCAUCUCCAGCAGUUCAGAAAAGCAUAGCAGAGCUACUGUUCUUCCUCAUGCGGGUGAACGAAGAGUACGGCUGCAAGCACAACAUCCCAUCUCCAAGAUCGAUUCUGUUCACAAUCCUGCAAAAUAGCAACGUUUCCGUCAAAUUCUACAUUGGAAAACGCCUCCCAGAGAUAUUCAAGCUCUUUCUGCUUUCUAAUCACGAGAGUGUGUUCUUGGACAUUCUUAACCACCUCCCGAAGGAUUCGGAACGAAUUGAAGAGAUUUAUUUCCGUCAAUACGUGUUUGCCACGUUAGCUUCAUCUUGGCCCACUCUUUUGCGGCGAUGUAUUUACAAUAUCUUCGAAGGAGCUGGCAAGAUUCCCGAAUGCAUCAAGCACUCGACAAAGUGUUUGGAAGAUAUCUCCUCAGCUCUUGGUCUGGGCAGUCCGCAAGAAUUGUUCACGCUUUUUGCGCCCCAAAUUUUGUACACCUGGCUUGUUGAGGAGAACAUAAAAGAUAUACCUUUCGUUAUAUUUGGCUUCCCAACACUUCGGGACCUCGUCAGAGAGGCACAAGAUGAGGCAACCGCGAUUAUGGCUAUGAGGGGCCAAGAGGACUCCAUAAAAGAACUUGCUUCUCUGCUUGAUGUCAACGAGUCAUCUCUUCUCCAGGAUGGCUUUGGUAGGAUCAUCGCCUAUAACACCGCCUAUACCAUAAGUACACCACCUCCAAUAGGUGAGAAGCACAUGCCUGUUGAAUCUGGAUUGAAGCGCCAACUUGGUUCGGAACGAUUUUUCGAGUGUCUCAGUGUUUGUUUCACAGACAUUAUUGCAAUUCUGUUCAUCACCUUGGAUCCCGAGAAGAACAUAGAAAAAUACUUCUCUAAACACGAGUCUCAGCGAUAUGCAGCACAGAUCAUUAUAGAUAUGAAGGAAUUUGGGUCUCCUAGGACACCCUUGCCGCAAAGUCAACAACCUGCUUUCAAAGCGCGAUUCUUGUGCAAAGAGAUUGAACAUAUCUGCACUCGCACCCGCUACGAACAAGCCAACCUCUUCACUCCGACUUUGGUGACCUAUAUCGCUCGACUAUUGUUCAACACAAUCCACCCGGCCUUAGGGUCACUUCAUGCUUGCUCAGUUUUACAAAAGAUACGAGUUCUGAUUUCUCUUGCGGGACCAUCUGGAGUAAACGGGUAUCCAUUAGAAAUGCUGAUUCAAUCUGUAGCGCCCUUCUUGGCAGAUCCAGAAUGCACCGACGAUGCAAUCGGCAUAUUACAAUAUCUGAUUCAGGCUGGCUCCAGACAUUUGCUAGAGGCUCCGUCUUUCGUGGCUGGUUUUGCCCUGGCUAUAUCUGGUUCGCUUGCAUCUCUCCUCGACCCUGCUAAGGCGAGUAGUCAAUACGUAGCCGUGCGUACGAAAGCUCGGGACUUCCAUUCUUGGCUCGGCCAGUAUCUCACGGAUUACACUUCUCCCGCCUUAAAGACUUAUUUAAAGUCGGGCUUUCGGAAACUGGUCCUAGCAGCCUUCAGCGCGAGCUCAAGCGGCAGUUCCGAGUCAAAUACCUCAGAGAGCGUCCUCUUGGUACAGCUUCUGAAGGAUGAGCGAGUCGGCGGCGAGCUUCUCAGCAGACCCUCCCGUGAAUUGGCACUUGGUCGCUUGUCCUCCACCUUUCGCAGUCCCCAAACCUUCCGGUCAGAUGCACUUGGGACUGAUGAAUUGUCCAUUGAAUAUGCUACGCUAGUAUGGAAGUCAUGUCGUAGUGGACAGGCAAGUCGCCAAUAUCUGUCCUGGGCUGCUAGAGUCACUGGCAGAGCAUUUGCAGCAUCCGGACUCAUACACGAAGGAGUCCUCCAGGAAUCUACUUUGGCUGAGAUCAAAACCAUAGGCCCAUCAAAGGACGGAAACAUCGAUUCUGAAUCCGCUAUUCUCUGUCUACUUCGAGACUUUACCCUAGGCCUUGAUUCACGCACUGCCGGGCUUGCUGAAGAUGCGUUGAGGCUUGUCCUCUCUAUGGCAGAUGAAGAAUUACUAAGAUCCUGCGGAGACCACAUACCCAACUUUCUUUUCAAUGCCUCCAUUUGGGAUCCGUUUCAAAUGCCGCCAUCCGCAAGUGGUCACCUUACCCAAGAUGCUGUCCCCCUGAAAAACGCUUUAGCCUAUGAUGCUAUAUACCAGCAGGAUUGGACCCGAUCUAUACUACUUUCUCUAGCCCAAUCAAUGCCAAAUGAAGUACUGCUGAACGCGAUCGUACCCAUAUUGCAACAAGUAGCUGGAUUUCCGGACCGAGUAUUCCCGUUCAUCAUUCAUCUGGUCCUCUCAGCUGAAUCAAACGAGGCUGUUAUCAGACGGAAAGAUCUCUCGGCAGCAUUUGGUCGAUGGUUUAGUGACUGCGUAGCGAUCAACCACAACAAUCUCAAGAUGUUACUGAAUUCGAUAUUGUAUCUUCGCACACAAGUUCGGCCGAACGAGAGGUCAUCCGCUGAUCGAGCACACUGGCUUGAUAUUGACUAUUUGAAGGCAGGCACAGCUGCGGCACAUUGCGGUAUGUUCAAGACCGCGUUGCUCUUCAUCGAAGAGUCUUGCUCUCAGCCAAUAAAAUCAUCUCGACGAUCGUCGACUUUGAAAGACAGCCCUCCGACGCCCGAUUUGCCUACCGAAACCCUCCUCACAAUUUUCGAAAACAUCGAUGAUCCGGAUCUGUACUACGGAGUACAACAAACUUCAAAUCUGAAGACUAUCCUGGCACGGUUCGAAUAUGAAAAGGACGGGCCCAAAGCUCUUGCUUUCAGAGGCGCUCAAUAUGACAGUCAUAUCAGGCGGCAUGAUGCAGAAUCCAAUCAAGAUGCCCAAUCUCUCGUAAAAGCUCUUGAUGUUCUCAACCUGAGUGGAUUAUCGCAUUCUUUAUUGCAGUCUCAACACACCCUUGGCAUGACCGAGACUUCAGCAGCUUCCAUGUUCCAAACAGCCCGCAAGCUUGAGCGCUGGGACAUCCCUGUCCCAAGUACAUAUAACAAUAGUGCCGUCACAAUGUAUAGAGCUUUUCAAGGGAUCCAUACAGCGGUGGAUGAGGCCAGUGUCUUGCAUGCCUUAAAUGAAGGCCUCGAACAUUCUAUGGCCAAGCUCGCAACAGAGAACCUUAGUGCGAGGUCUCUUCACGAAACCAUGCAAACAAUGGCCGCUCUGGUUGAAAUGGAUGAAGUGUUCACCUCUCGUGGAUCCGAACAGUUUGAACAUGUUUUCAAACGCUUUCAAAAUCGUGAGCAGUGGAUGAGAACAGGAAGGUUUGACGAUAUCAGCCACAUUCUUUCAUGUAGAGGGACCACUCUGAGCACACUAAGCCAAGACCCACGCUUGCAAACAAUUGUUGGUGUAGCAGCCAUUGACACUCGCUUAGUUGAAGUGAACGGAGCUCUGAUGGCUUCGAAGAUUUAUCGCUCUCAUGAUGGUCUACAAGAAGCUUUAUCUCUUGCAACCUCAAUGACAGAUCUGAUUCACCCCUGCAACCAAGUUGCUAUCAAGGCCGAAGUUGCAAUUCACAUGGAAGCAGCAAAUGCUCUGUGGGACCAAGGGGAAAUGGGAUCGUCUAUACGUAUGCUGCAAGCCUUAGAUGAUGUCAAAUUGUUGAAGAGUCAAACUAUUAGCGUGGGUCGCUCGCACCUGCUCUCCACGCUUGGUCAUCGCGUCUCGAUCGCACGUCUUGAGAAGGCGGACCAAAUCAUUGAGAAGUACCUGGCACCCGCGUUGGCCGAGCUCAAAGGGACCAGCCAUGGAAGUGAAGCUGGGCAGGUAUUCCAUCAAUUUGCCGUGUUUUGCGAUGAGCAACUCCAAGACCCCGAUGGACUUGAAGAUCUUGCACGACUAGAAAAGCUGAGCAAGAACAAAGAAGAGGAAGUUCAGUACUACGAUAGACUGAUCAACGAGGCAAGGUCAUCACAAGACAAAGCCAAAUACAAACAGAAUCAAGACAAAUCGAAGAAAUGGUUGAAGAUGGAUCUAGAGGAACUUCAGCGGCAUAUCAAGAAUCGAGAACAAUUCUUGCAGCGAUGUUUGGAGAACUAUUUACUCGCCCUUGCAGCUUCCGAUGACCACAACAGCAAUGCCCUUCGCUUCUCCUCUCUUUGGUUUGAGCAUUCUGGGGAGUCGUUAGCCAACGAGGCUGUAUCCAAGCACAUGAGACAAGUACCUAGUCGCAAAUUUGCGCCUCUGAUGAAUCAGCUCAGUUCGCGACUUCAAAAGUCCUCUGAUAAAUUCCAGCAGCUUCUCUUCGACCUUGUACUUCGAAUUUGUACCGAGCAUCCCUACCAUAGCAUGUAUCACGUCUAUGCAGGUGUACACACAAAAGCCAACCUUAGUGACCAGUCUGCAGUGUCAAGGAAGGAAGCUGCAAACAAAAUUGUUCGGUCUUUGGAACACGUCACUGGAACAAAAGACAUCUGGCAGGCCAUCCUCGUUUCGAACAAAUAUUACUGUCAACUUGCUGCUGAGAAGAAGGAGGAAUAUAGGGCUUCCAAAAAGUUCCCGAUCGAUAAGUCGCAAGCUGCGAGGAACUUGGUUGCUGUAUUCGCUAAAUACAGAGUACCUCCUCCAACAAUGUCGAUUGAUUUGUCUCCAGAGGCCGACUAUUCAGCAGUUCCUAUUAUGAUUCGGUUGGAACCGCAGCUUUCGAUAGCAAGCGGCGUCAGUGCGCCCAAGAUUAUAACUGCAGUUGGUAGCAAUGGCACAAGGUACAAACAACUGGUGAAAGGAGGAAAUGAUGAUCUACGGCAAGAUGCAAUCAUGGAGCAAGUCUUCGAACAAGUCAGUGAACUGCUGAAGGCUAAUAAAUCAACACGGCAACGCAAUUUGCACAUCAGAACCUACCGUGUGCUCCCCCUCACACCUACGGCUGGUGUGAUCGAAUUCGUGGCAAAUACGAUACCUCUUCAUGAUUACCUACUCCCAGCCCACGAGAAGUAUUAUCCAAAAGAUUGGAAGGGCAGUCAGUGCCGGAAGGAAAUUUCAGAAGUCCAGACGAAAUCGACCGAUACGAGAAUGAAGGUGUUCCGUAACGUCACUGAACAUUUUCACCCAGUUAUGAGAUACUUCUUCACGGAGAAAUUUCAAAGCCCGGAUGAAUGGUUUGCCAAACGAUUAGCAUACACUCGAAGCACGGCUGCGAUUUCGAUCCUUGGACAUGUAGUUGGCCUUGGUGACAGACAUGGCCACAAUAUACUGCUCGACGCUCAAAACGGAGAAGUAGUUCACAUCGAUCUUGGUAUUGCCUUCGAGAUGGGUAGAGUGUUACCAAUUCCUGAAAAUGUUCCAUUUCGGUUGACUCGCGAUAUUGUCGAUGGCAUGGGAAUCACGAAGACUGAGGGUGUAUUCCGAAGAUGCUGCGAAUUUACACUGGAAGCAUUGAGGAAAGAGGUGUAUAGUAUCAUGACUAUCCUUGAUGUCCUGCGUUACGAUCCGUUGUACAGCUGGUCGAUAUCUCCAGUGCGAAUCGCAAAACUACAGGAAGGUGUUGGUGUAGCGGCAACUGCUGAUGGAGACAACACACCAAAGGAGAGAGUCAACGAGCCGGGUGAGGCUGAACGAGCUCUCGCGGUGGUGAGCAAGAAGUUGUCCAAGACGUUAAGUGUCACCGCUACUGUCAACGAUCUCAUCAACCAGGCCGGCGACGAGAAGAAUUUAGCUACUUUAUUUUCAGGCUGGGCGGCCUAUGUAUAAAGCUGGAAGAAGCCAUCUGCAGCGUGUAGGUAAUUUUGAUUUGAAGAGUUGGCAUCUUUU